CUUCCCUUCUCUCACUCCUUUCUAUCCUCUCAAAGGGGGGAUCUGGACCAUCUGGAGGAUGAUACGUGGACGCCGUGUGUCCACAACGUCAACAGCUUCAUCUCCGCCUUCCUCUUCUCCAUCGAGACGGAGACCACCAUCGGAUACGGCCACCGUGUCAUCACAGACAAGUGUCCAGUCGGCACCAUGCUGCUGCUGCUGCAGGCCAUCCUGGGCUCCAUGGUCAACGCCUUCAUGGUGGGCUGUAUGUUUGUGAAGAUCUCGCAGCCCAACAAGCGAGCGGAGACUCUGGUGUUCUCCAAACACGCCGUCAUCUCUCUGAGAGACGACAAGCUCUGCCUGAUGUUCAGGGUGGGCGACCUGCGCAGCUCCCACAUCGUAGGGGCCAACAUGAGGGCCAAACUCAUCAAGUCCAAACAGACCCAGGAGGGUGAGUUCAUCCCUCUGGACCAGACGGACAUCAGCGUGGGCUUUGAGACGGGCGAUGAUCGUCUCUUCCUGGUCUCUCCGCUGGUCAUCUCCCAUGAGAUCGACUCAAAUUCCCCGUUCUGGGACAUGUCUCAGUCCCAGCUGCAGAAGGAGGACUUUGAGAUCGUGGUCAUCCUGGAGGGAAUGGUGGAGGCUACCGGCAUGACGUGCCAGGCGAGGAGCUCCUACCUAGCGGACGAGGUGAUGUGGGGUCACAGGUUCAGCCCCAUGAUGCUGCUGGCAGAGGGCUUCUUCGACAUCGACUACGGAGCCUUUCAUCACACCUUUGAGGUGACCACGCCCUCCUGCUCGGCACGAGAUAUCUCAUUGGCUGCAGCCAGACUGGACGCUCACCUGUACUGGUCCAUCUCAAGCAGGCUGGACGAGGAGCCAACGCUGACCAAUGAGGCGUCCAGGCACCCGGACAGCGUCUCGACCAAUAGCAAAGCAGGAGAGCCCACCUUCAUCGUGGGGGAGAUGACGGACAUCCAGGAGCAAACGGGACAGGGCGAGCUGAACGGCAGCGUCGCCACCGUCCAAUCAGAAUCAGAGGCCUAGAAUAGACAAUGUUUACAAAGACCGGAAGUAUAUCACCACCUCACCACUUUUAGUGUUUGCAAAUCCUUCCUUUCCAGGCGAAUGAGUAGUUUCAUUAGGCCUAGUUCUAUGGUAUAUGCCAUAUCUUAUGUUACCAUAUGAAGGAGUUUCUUUCUUGAUAUUCUUUUGUCUUUUAUUUCUAUGUUGAUCUUUGUUACAAGUGUACUAUAUGUGUGCUAUCUUUUUCUUUUCUUUUUUCUCCGAUUUGUCGUGUUAGAUCACCCUUGCCUAUAUCUACAUUUAAAUGACAAUACUAUGCUUUAGGUAGGGUCAACAACAGUAUAACGUGUGGACCAUGGCAGAAUGUGGAACAAGAUAAGAAGGGGGUUGUUUGUGCAGAGUCACGAAAGUGGAUUGUUCACAUUUAAAAUAGGUACGGUGCAUAGACGCUUUAAUCUCACCUGUGCAUGAAUAUCACUAGAUGAUAUAGAAGGAUAGACUGAAAUUGUUGUAACCUCAAAUCUCUUUAGAAAUGCAAAGAUUGUUCGAAAAUAUAUUGUACAUCAAUCAGGUGUUUACAGGGUGGGAAAGUAACACCAGCCCACCACUGCUGGUAUGUUAGGAACUCCAUUUGGCCCCAAACCCUCUUGUGGUGCUAGAAAAAGUUUGAAAUAUCUAUUUGGCUGACAAAAGAUUAUAAAAGUGGGCAGACAACAAAGCUGGUUUCCUGCCCUGGGUGUAAACAAGUUAUUGUCUUAUAUAGGCCCAGAGUAUUAUCAUUUGUACAUCAAUUAUUCACCCAAAAGGAAACCGUUUUCUCACAUGCCUAUAAAUCUAAUUGAUUCAGUCGUAUGCUCACGUCUUCCUAAACGCAUGCAUUUCACUAAAACCGUAAACAAAUUUAGCGCAGACAUGCAACUUCUAAAGUGUUUCAAAUAUAACGAUUUUAGUGAAAAUGCUGGGAACGUUUGGGAAAAAGUGUAGUGUACGACUGGACAAACGGAAUAAACUCCAAGUGAGUUUCUUAACAAAAGUUUAGAUAAUGUUAUUUAACGCAGAACAAAUUCGAUUCAAUUCAUUGAGAUUUUUCUCUCAGUUUUUGGAUUCUUUAUAUUGGAAGUUAAUUGAUACACAAAUGAUCUCUUUUGGGAUGAAGCGUUCAAUCAUCACCAGGCUAGGGAUGCCAUCGAUUAUUCGAUUUUUCGAAUAUUCGUUACAGUCUUCAUAAUCGAAAAUUAUUUUUUUAUAAUUCGAUUUUAUU